AUGACAACAGCUACAACCAGUGGGUGGAGCACCAUGCCAUUUAUGGAGGCGCAGCGCCUGAGCCCCAGACCAGUGCGUAAACCGGUAGAGGCAAUUGUGAGCUGGCUAAAGAGAUAUUUCAUUGAGCCUGUAGCCCUGCUAAGUCCACAGGACUCACAAGAUCCAGAACUACUAGAGAGCCAGGCAGGGAUCUUUCAGGUUCUCUCAGUCUAUAUCGACUUCCCAAUCAAAAUGCUGGUAUCCGCAUCUACAGGCUUCAAGUAUUGUCAAUUCUGUGUUUGGGUCCCAGGUCUCCUGACCCCAGCUAUGUACUCCCUGACCUUCCUAAGUGCUCAGCAACUGGUCCAAGAUGAGGAUGCCAUUUGUGAAGACUUGGCAUGUAUACCCUGGGUCGUGUAUGAUAUCCUGUUCAGGGUGGCUUUCAAAGGCAAUAAGAAAAAACUGCUUUGUGAGCUGGUGAAGACGUGGCCUUACUCACAACUUAAGUUCCAGAAGCUGAUGCAGACAUGUGGGUGCUGUUCCCAGACUCCUUCUAGGAAGUGUCCAGAAUGUCAGUGGCCUCUCACGUAUGAUGACUUGAACAAAAAUAAAAUUGGUGCCAUCCUCUUGGGAGUGUUGAGCUAUAUAAGGAAAGUAGUCAACGAUGGUUCAUGGCAGCUCCCACACAGGAGUUUACGACAGCUGGAUAUGACAGGAUUAGUUAGUAAAAAAUUUAGUUGGAAUUUAAAACUCAUGAGGCUGUGGGCCAACUCAGUAAGCCGAGCCCAAAUCCACAACUUCUCACAUCAGGAGACAAAUGAUUCACAAAGCCAGGCAUGGAGCCAGACGGCAGAAGCAUUUCCAGUCACAAGUUUCCCAAUGGAAGCAUACAUAGAUAUCCUGGUAGAUCUCCAAGUGAGCCCUUGCUCUCUUCAGAUUCUAAAAGAAGCUCUCCAGAAUAAUGCCAACAGCCCUCUCCACCUGACCUGCCGAGAUUUCUACACUUCCCUCAUCUUUGUUCAGGAUAAUAUAGAAUUCCUGGCUCUUCUGAACCCUCUGGCACUCCGAAGAGUGGACCUAAGUAAUAGCAUUAUAGUUUUGAUGGAUAUCUGGUAUAUUAUGUCUCUGAUCACAACCUUCCAAAACUUGCAGAGCUUGAAACUGCCUAGUUUUAAUGAGAAUGAGCAAUGGGAGCCACAGUCUAGUCAAAACUUCGCCAUUAACCAUCUUGCUAAAGAGCUGAGCAAAUUGAGACACCUCAGGGAGAUUACUUUAAGUAACAUUUGUCUUUCAAAUCAAGUGAAGAAUCUGCUUAGUGGUCUGCAGUGCUCCCUGAAGAGCCUUCAACUUUCUUACUGCUCUCUGACAAACCAAGACAUAGCCUACUUAGCCAGAAGUCACCAUAGCACCCAUCUCAUAAAGCUGGAUCUUGAAGGGAACAACAUAAGCACAAAACUAGACUCCUUCUUGGAACUUCUAAAGUCAGUCUCAAACUCCCUGAAGUGGCUCAGUAUGGCAAAGUGUGGGUUGAAGGACACUGACUUUUAUAUCAUUUUGACCCAGCUACAUUCCUGUAGCAGGCUCUCCUAUCUUUGUCUGUAUGGCAACCCACUAUCUAGCAGGAGUAUGUUCGGUUUCCUGGGGCCAUGCCAGCACAAGCUUCUCAACCUGAAGGUAAUAUCAGUUCCAAUCUUCCUGGAUUGUUGCCAAAACCUGCCCCAAAAUGGUCCUCUUCCUGAGUUAUUACAGCCUUACAUUGAUGAUGACAGGUUUUCCUCUGCCCUGAAGCAAAUGAAGGAGAUACAAAUCAUAAUAGGACAGUCUGCCACUAUACAUCCUUCUGAGCUUACCUUUGACACAGUUGACUUUUUUGACCUGCAGUAA